GUCGACAACUCGGAUCAAUCCUCGGUGCAGGUAGCUUCUGAAGAGCACAACUCUCCUGUUAAACGUCCUCAACAAUUAGGUGACCAGACUUUGAGCUCUCGAACUAUGGCCAUUCAGACCGAGUACACUGGCCCGAUCAUGAAAGGGACUAGGUAUUUGGGCAAUCUUUUCGAAAUUGCUAGGGGGCCCAUCAAGAUUGCUGAUAAAAGUGCGCAGGUAAAUAAAGUGGAUGAGAAGAUCAAGAAUCACAAACAAUUCAAAGCAAAUGAUCUUAGGCUUGCAUUUGGACUGGCCGAGUUGGUUGAGGCGGACAGAUCCUUAAGUAAUGCUGAAGUCAAAGGGGUACCCAAAGCUCCCAAUGUGCUUUUGCCCCGUUCGAAUGGGGAUGGAGCUGCCGCAAACAUAGCUGAUGUCCGAGAUGUCCUUUAA